AUGACAGCUAUAAGACCAGCUAUCGCAGUGAUUAAUGCGUUGGCGGGACCAUCACGGUUACGCGGACGACCGGGAUUGAUAGCGAGCGAAAGCUUCCGACAUUCGAGGUCGCUUUCAAAUGGCGCGGCCAGCUUCGCUCGACCUCAGUACAGCCAGGCGGAGCCUCUGAGGCGGAUUAGCAAUACCGCGAAGGGCCUCUAUAGCUAUGGUGUGCAGCGUGAUGCCUCUAUUCGGCGCCCUGCAUCGCAACAGCUGCGAUCAUAUACCUCCUUCCCCCCUUCCGCCCCACGACCUGCUAUCUCCCCUCGUCAAUAUCCCCUCCUGGCGCUCGCAUCCCUGACCAGCUCCUUACCCACAGAUCCAGUCGACCCAUCAACUACAUCCUCAUUCCUCGAUCCCCUAGUCGCCCUCCUCCUAUCCUCUCCACUACCAGCAGGCCUCACCAUCCUCCUCCUCACCUUCUCGUUCCGGUCAGCCAUCACCCUUCCGGCGACAAUAUGGCAGCGACGUCGGAUGCAGCGGACGAAGGAGAUAGUGCGACCUGCCAUGAAGGCGAUCAAUGAGCAGCUGGCGGGGAAGGUGGCUCGGGAAUGUAGGGCCAAGGGACUGGGAUAUGAGGAGUACAAGAAGGAGCUAAAGAGCCAGCUGGCUGUACAUCAAUCCGCCCUUCACAAGAAAUACGGUACCCACCCUCUUGCAACCAUGAUCCUCCCCCUCUUCGUCCACAUUCCCCUCAUCAUCACCCUCUCGCUCUCCAUCCGGCGCGCAAUCGAAGCGCCACUCUCGCCCUGGGCAUCCGAAAGCUGGUGGUGGCUACAGCACCUAGGCGAGGUGGAUCCGACGUUUAUCUUGCCCAUCAUGGGCGGCGUGGUGGGGAUGAUGAAUGCGGAGGUUAUUGGGAGGCGGAAUAAGGAUCUGGGGGAGGCGCUGGAGGUCGGGUCAGAGGGAGGGGUGGUCAAGGAUACUGGGAGGGUUGUCUCUUCAGUGGCGGACACUGGUCGGGGGCCUGUCGCGUCCUCGGUUCCGCCUCAACCUUUGCCGGCUGCGCCCCAGCCGACGGCCACAGCGAAGAGUGGCUCAACGACACGGACGCCAACACUGCCGGCGCAUCUUUCCAAAUCACCAGGAUCAACGCAAAUACCAUCUCGCCCCCUAUCGACAUCAUCCAUCAUCCGCUCAUCCCCUCCCACCCCUACAGCACGCCCAGCGCGUAAAUCACCGAUCCCAACCCCUACACCUCGCCCUGCUACCCCGUCCAAACGGCCAAUCCGUCCUCUUCCUCCAUCAGCAUCAUCCUCCUCUCCCUCCGGACCUCGCCUCCAGCCCAUCACAGCGAUCGUGGAGCAGACCAAGGAGGUCGACAAGGCCCGCCUGACGUCCAAGCUGUUCGCUAUGGCCAUGCGGGCCGGUGCGGUCCUGUUCAUCCCGAUCGCGAUGCAGGUGCCGGCUGCGCUGGCGCUGUACUGGACAGCCAGUAUGGUUUUCACAUUGGGACAGAACUUGACGUUGGACUGGCUGGAUGCGAGGGCGAAGGCAAGGAAGGCUGUUUGA